CAGUUUCGCAGUCGAGCCGAUAAUUGUGCUAUUGAGAGAGCGUCAGUGAGGCUGUUGUUCCGUUCAGCACUGAGUAAUGUCUUAUAGAUAAGAACCCGUUUAAUAUUUUGACCGUAUGUGUCUGUUGAUUGAGAGCUUGAUGCUCAGUGUGCUUUAAUGGUCAGUUCCUGUCCGUCAGCACUGAAGUCCAGAGCGAGCUGAAGCGGUGUCAACAUUCCUGCUGCAGGAAGGAAGAGAGUCGGAAAAGUAGGCUAGCUCAACAGAAACUGCGUGUAUUAUAUGGUAUUUAAACAUGUCGGUUGCUUAUUGAGUAAAUUAAUUGUAAAUGUUUACUGUUUAAAUCAGUGUUAUGAUUAGUUAAUUAGUUGGUAGGCCGAGCAGAAGAAUAAUUUCCAGGCUGAUUAGCCAGGCUAUAAGCUAGCUGGUCACACUGGAUUGUUUUGGUUGGGGUGCUGCUGGAGCUUCCUGUCCCUCUGCGCUUCUUCACCGGCUGUUAUCUAUUUUUUUAAAACCGACUGUCCAGCUCGCUCAUGGCUACAGAUGCGAGUGAGAGUGAAAGAAGCUUGAAAGAGACCGAGAGAAAUAACACGGGGAUAAAUAAGAGCGGUGGUGAAGCAGACACACCCAGAAUCAGCGCGACGCUGGAAAACAAGUCGCGUCGCAUCGCUGAACAAGGAAGCGAUGAAGAUGUGGUGACCACGGACUGCGCACCCAGAGAGGCCGUGCCUUCUGCGGGUAAUCGUGAGCAUCCUGUCUUGUCUAGUCCGGGAAAACCAGAAGGAGUGCAAGAGGGAAGAGAGGAGUCUACACGGACACACAGCGGCACCCCGGUGCCGCUUCCGGACGCGCACACUGCACCGGAGCGUAAUGGCAGUUUUGAGCAACAGGAAUCAGUCAGCACUACAGAGGCUCAAUUGCGAAUGGAAGGAAUGGAGUUCAAAGAGGAGUGGCAAGAUGAGGACUUCCCCAGGCCACUACCUGAAGAAGGGGAGAUGCACCUUGAUGAACAUCUCUUCACCCACACAUCUGGAGAGGACGAUUCUGCUCCACAGUAUGAAUCGAACAAAGGCAAGAACACAAAGAGGAGACUGUUGGCCCCAGAGAUCAGUCUGAACCUCGAUCGCAGUGAGGGCUCUGUGCUUUCUGAUGAGCUGGAUGAAAGCACAGAGUUAGACCUGGACGGCAUGGACACCCCAUCAGACAACAGCAACGAAUUUGAAUGGGAAGAUGAUCUCCCGAAACCCAAAAGCACUGAUAUGCUGCAAAAAGGUGUGGAAUCGGUGAACGAAUAUUCAGCCUGUGACGAGCGCGAGGAUGGCCGACGCUGGAGGAUCUUCCGUAUUGGGGAGCAGGACCACCGCGUCGAUAUGAGGGCCAUUGAGCCCUACAAAAGAGUCAUCAGCCAUGGAGGUUACUAUGGAGAUGGACUGAAUGCUAUUAUCGUCUUUGCCGUUUGCUUCAUGCCUGAGAGCAAUCAACAAAACUAUAGAUACAUCAUGGACAAUCUUUUCAAGUAUGUAAUUGGCACUCUGGAGCUGCUGGUGGCUGAGAACUACAUGAUUGUGUACCUGAAUGGUGCCACCUCACGCCGUAAGAUGCCUAGUGUGGGCUGGCUGAGGAAGUGCUAUCAACAGAUAGACCGGAGAUUAAGGAAGAAUCUGAAGUCUUUGAUUAUUGUCCAUCCCUCUUGGUUUAUUCGCACACUCCUGACCAUCACAAAACCUUUUAUAAGCUCCAAAUUUAGCCAAAAAAUAAAGUAUGUGUACAGUCUUUCAGACCUCGCUGAGCUUGUACCAAUGGAAUAUGUGUCAAUACCAGAUUGCAUCAAGCAGCUUGACCAAGAAAUGCAUGGCAAAGGGGAGAUGGGAGGCACAGAGUGAAGUUGAAGAGGAAAUGAGAGGUGGAGGAAAAUAGAUUGGGGUUUUUUGUGUCUCUCUCAACUGGGGGUGGGGUGGGGUUUGUGCCUUCCAAGACUCUGUUCCCUGUUACAUGGUGGAGCUUUUAUUCUUUAUUGUAUUAGUGUGCCAAACACAAGUUGGAAUCUCAAUUCUGUGCUUCAAGUAUUUUUAUAAUCUUACAUGUAUAAAUUUGGAGUGAGCUGUCAUUGUCAAUAAUUCCUGUUGCUUCUCCCUGAGGUUCAAGGCAUUUGGUUUUCAAGUUAGUUGAUGCAUGUUCUACCACAUUACAUUUAAAAUAUAUUUAUAUUAAAAUGGUGAUAAAGGGAAAAAAAGAUUAAUUAAAAAAAAAAAAUAUAUAUAUAUAUAUAUAUAUAUAUAUAUAUAUAUAUAUAUAUAUAUAUAUAUAUAUAUAUAUAUAUAUAUAUAUAUAUAUAUAUAUUACACACACACACACACAUAUAUAUAUAAUGUUUUUUUUGCUUUGGACUGUCCUUUAUGGUGUUACUUUGACUUGCUGAAAUCUCGCGUCAUACAUGUUACUGUUUAUUGUUGAAAACCAUAUCGAUGUUGUAUGAGGAAAGUGUUCUCUCCCUCUUUGCCUCUUCAGAACGAUCCUAAGGAAACGGAUCAAUUCAUAAGUUUACUAUUCUAGUCAUAGAUUGUAUUGACGUCUGUAGCAUACAUUUGGGAUGGGUGUUUAUUGUCCUAUGUUCUUGCAAGUAAAACUUCCAGAGAAAAUGUCUUCCUUUUUUCCAAUAUGACUAUUAGUACCAGGAGCACACCGCAAUUACUUUAAUACAGUGUGUAAUGCAGGUCGUUAAGGUUAUUCCAAGGUUAUUGUAGUGGGAUUUUUUUUUUUUUUUUUUUUUUUUUUUUUUUUUUUUUUUUUUUUUUAUAUAAACACAUUUUACUACACCAAGACUCUUGAUGACCACUGGUUUUCACCAAGUAGUGAUGCACUCAGUUUGUGUCCUUAUUUAUAAAAGAAUGUUCACAUUCACAUGUCACAGUUUUGGAAGUUUUCUCUGAUGUGAACCAACUGCUGGUUGAUAGUUAUUUUACUUCUGAAAUGUUUGGACUCUCUUCUUGAUUCAGUGUGUUGAUUUUUAAAGAUUGAGUAAACAAGAAAAUUCAAUAAAGGAAAUAUUUUUAGGUGGACUACUGAUCAAUUUAUUACUCACAAGCAGCUUGCAAAAACAUUAAACUUACAAUUAACUCUGGUUGAUGUAUUUGAACAAUUUUGACACGGAAUAAUUAAAGUAGCAAUUUGCUUAAUUUCCCCUUCAGUUUUAGGUCAGGAUCAUGUGUUUGAAAUUACCCCAGUUAUUUGUUCAAAAGUUCAUGUAUUUUGUAAAAUUAAAGGUCAUUCUCUUACUGCAUGCACGUAUAAUUUUCUUUUUUCUUUUUUCUAUGAUCUUUGGUCUGCCUGCUUCUCUAGCAUUACCUCAAAUAUUACAACUUUUGAUUUAGAUCUUUGUCUUUGUUGCCAAGUCCCUUCCUGUGCUUAACACUAACUGUAGCUAAUUAUCUUCAUCUGUCAUCGUUCAAAGCCUGUGGUCUUAUUUUCUCCAUGAUGUAUUGAAAUGUUCUGUACAAUGUUGCUGCAUCAUUGCACUACUGAAACAGCAUGUGAUAAAUGCCCAUUGGAUUGUUCUCUGUUCAACAGGUCAGACCAAUGAAUGUACCACCUGUUUACUGAUAUCCUGGUAUUCUGUUGUAUGUUUGAAACCACAAUAAUACUAAUAAACAAGUAUCUUUACGUUAUGCUAGCUUUGGUGUUUCACCAAAAGACAGAUGCAGAAGACAUGAUUGAAAAACAGUGCAUUUCCACAAUUGUUAAAAACUCAUGUUCACACCAGACAUAGAGCUUAUUUUUGAAUUAUCUUGAAUCAGCAGUCUGAAAUUCUCUAGGCCAGGGCUGGGCAAUCUUAUCUGGAAAGGGCAGGUGUGGGUGCAGGUUUUCAUUCCAAUCUAGCAGAAGCUGCACCUAAAUCUAUUGAAAAAGUCAAGAUCAACUAACUAAACAGGUAGAAUCAGGUAUGCCCCCUGCUUAACACCUAGGGACAAUUGUGUUUGGGUGGAAACGCACGUUGCUGAUAUUCUCCCUGUGUUCACGUGCGUUUCCACCCAAACACAUGCUAGUAAGUGGACUGGCUAUGCUAAAUUGUCCCUAGGUGUUAAUUUGUGUGUGAAUAUAUAGCACUGCCAAGGACUAAUGUUGCACCAGUGUUGCCAAGUUAAAUGAAUUAAUUGAUUUCAGUUCACCCCACUGAUUGAUUGAUUGGCUUUUCUGCUGGGCUAAUUUUAUUUUUUUUUUAGUUGCUGGCCAGUUUCUCAAGCUGAUCCUACUUGAUGAGAAGGACCUGUGUCACCAACUCCUACCUUAGCACCCUCAAUUCUGCUGCAUCCAUAUUAAGGCCACAUAUUGCCACAAAUCCAGGGAGUCGAUACAAUGUCCACCCACCCCCUGGAUAUGUGCAUAAUGGACAUCCAAUGAUGAAUUGCAAUUCCUUGAUAUUUUCCAAGCUACACUCAAAGGUAUAUCACACAAAGGUUUCCUGAGGUAAUAAUAAUCAUCAUCAUCAUCAUCAUCAUUACCAUCAUCAUAAAUGUGUAUUGAGGAGGUGUUUAUGCAUACAGGGAAGGUCUUCACUGCAUUGUUGUGCAUCUCAUUGUGCUAAAGUAUUUCAUGUGUUUCUAGUUGAUGCUAAGUUGUGAGCUAGUUGGUUAGCUAAGGGACACGAUCAUUCCGAUUCAAUAGCUUUAGCAUUGUUGUGUGUGUAAACUUGUGUUCUUACUGAACUUCCCUAGUCUUGUAGCUUUACAUCCAUUUAAUUUCUUUGUUAACAGCAUGUGUAUUCAAUCAUAUCUUCAUGCGAAGCUUGUCUCUGAAAGAUUCAUUAUAUAAGAUUGUUUUUGUGCUGUUUAGGGUACCAGAGCCCCAAAACUGUCUCGUAGCUACUGUAAUGAGGGUUUCUGCUUCAAAGAUUUUCUGUAAAACUAAAACAAUUCAGUCUUAAAGGGGAUGGGUUGCAGCUAUUUAGUUACAAAUUGUGCCUGUUGGUAUUCUGUCACAUAAAGUAUUUUACUAUAUGGCAUACAGUAGCAGGUUUAUAUGCUUCACCGCUUAUCAGCGCUACCCUGCCCGAUGCCACCAACAAUCUGUAUGAUCUUCCAGUUUAGCUUGUGCUAGUAAUAGAUUGUCUUCUUUGAUAAACUUGUUUAGCUGAUUUCAGGGGUGAUGCGUUUAACCGCAGUCAUGCAAAUACCACUGAAAAUGUUUGUUCUUCAAAGCUCAGGAAUUUUUUUGUCUAAGCAGGUCCAUUUAGUGUAGUGAAUAGUCUGGUGUGCCACUUUAUGGACAGCCUCUUUCUGAAAGAAGAUAUGCUUGUGAAAUAUGUUGAUGUGGACAUGGUGAUAAGCAUGUGCACAUUUCUGUCUUUUCAUUUGGUAUUUCUUUUCAAUGCAAAUGUGGUGUCAUGUCUUAUCCUGUGUCAUUCUGAAUAUGCACAUCCUCAUUUCACAACUGCAUGUUAUACAGGCAUAUAACAACAAGAGCUUUCAUAGAUCCUUCUUACACACAUCUUUCUGGCCUGCAAGGAUAACUUUUUCCUUUUUUCCCCUUUGCCUUGCAGCCCUACAAGACGAAUCUUCCCACUUUUUAUUUGCUUAUUUCUCGGUUUGAGAGUUUUCAGGAUCUGACUAUAACCAAAGACAUAUGUAUGGUGUGCAGAAGUUUCCCACUCACAGUGCUGGUUAUGAAGCACAUCGAGGGCAUUUGAACCUAUGAGAAUAGGUGAAUGACUAUGUCAGGCACCACUAAAGCAAGAGUGGAGAUUUCUGUGGCCUUUCAUUGGCCUUAAUGAAAUCUUCUGGAAAAGUUAUGGUGACUAAAUAUUGUCUUGUAGCUUUACUCAUCCAUUUCAUAUCUUUGCUAACAGCACAUGUAUUAAAUGUUGUGAAAGGCUGGUAUGCUGUUUUUAUAUACUUAAUUUAUUGGUUGCAAGAGAGUGAAGCAUUAAUUAAUUAACUAAUGUAAAGGAUAUUGUACUUAAUGAAUUAUGUAUUAAAUAGUUUAUUCAUUAGUUUUAGUUUAUGUCACAAUAAAGAUAAUUAGUAAUUAUGGCAUUGAAGCUAGCUGUUUAGUUUGUACAGUCCAAUAGAAUGCAGUAAUAAUGUUUACCCAUGUUUAUGGAUGAUCUCUUAGAGUACAACAAAACAGUGUGCGCAUCCAUUUUUCUUCCAUUUAUGUAGACAUUACUUGACUACAUAAAUAAAUUAAAUCGUAUAUGAAUGGAAUACACUGAAUGUUCUAUCACAUUUGUUCAUUGGUGUUUUUCUUUUUUUUUGUAAUUAACACUUUUAUUGAUUCACAAGUUAACACAAAUAGACAAACAACAUACAUAAUGAAUCAAACUAUUUUAACAUAAAUCCUCGCCAUAACCCCUCCCCCUACCAACCUCCCACCCCACCCUGGUCCCCCCACGAACACCCCUGUGGUCAAUAGAAUAUAAACUCACAUAUCCAAAAAAAAUAAAAUAAAAAUACACACAAUUAAAAAAUAAAUAGAUAAAUAAAUACAAUAAUCAAUAUAAUCAUAGACUAAACCCUAAAUUAUACUCUCCACUGCCAAUCCUCGAGAGUCCCCCCAAAACGCCAAAUAACUGCUCCAUUUCUUCCUGAAGGAAUUCCCAAUUCCAAUCCUUCUGCUUGACCCCUCCUCAAAGGCAGCCACCCUCCCCAUCUCCAUACACCACUCUGGAAAUGAGGGCGCUCCAUUUGAUUUCCAUCCCCUUAAAGUAACCUGUCUACCAAUCAUCACACUGGUCAAAACCCAAUCUUUUUUGUACCUAUCCUCCAAUUUUGUGACCUCCCCAUUUCCCAAAAUACAGAGUCUAGGGCAGAACGAGAUCUGAGUGUUCAACACCUCACAUACAAAGCUCUGCACCUUCCACCAAAAUUCUUGGAUCUUACGACACCCCCCAAAAACAUGGGUGGUGUCUCCAUCUUCUGAAUGGCAUCGCCAGCAGGUGGGUGUGUCUUUAAGACCAAGCCUAUACAAUUUAGAGGGGGUCCAAUAGAACCGAUGUAAAAUCUUAAAUUGUAUAAGGUUCACCCUUGCGUCUCCAGAUGCAGUUUUGAUAUUUUUUAAAAUCCUAGCCCACUCUCCCUCCCCCAAUUCCAAAUUUAAAUCUUUCUCCCAUAAUCUCUUGAGAGUGGUCGAGACUCCGUCCCCUAGACUCUGAAUCAGUAAGGAGUAAUACACUGAUGCUUCAUGCUCUCUUCCAAAAGCUGAAAUCACCUCUCCCAGAGUAUCUGCCACUUUAGGGGGGUGCAUGCUACUCCCAAAAAUAGUACAGAGCAAGUGGCGUAGUUGAAGAUACCUAAAAAACUGAGAUCUGGGGAUCCCAAAAUGUUGAACCAAUUUUUCAAAAGAUAUCAUCACACCACUCUCAUAAAGAUCACCAAGUGUAUUAACCCCCCUCGUGAUCCACUCUGACCAACAAAAAGGGGACUUAUUAAUACGUAGUUUGGGGUUUAGCCAUAGGCUCGAGGCAACAUUGAGAUAAAUAUCAGAAUCAAACACUCUGGACACUCUUGUCCACACUGAGUGCAGAUGUGAAAUAAAGGGGUGUGAUUUAACUUCUCUGGUUAGAUUAAUGGAAAGGCUUUGCAGUGGCAAAAUAGGGGCAAGAACUUCUUGUUCAAUGCAGAACCAGGGAGGGGCUCUCUCAGGUGGAAGUGACCAAUGAGCCAAAUGUCUGAGACCAAACGCAUAAUAAUAAAACAGAAUCUUGGGUAGGCCUAGCCCACCCUUGUCAACCGGCCUAUGUAACUUAUUGAAAUUUAGCCUGGGACGCUUACCAUUCCAAAUAAAAGACUUUGCUAUACUCUCAAAUUGCUUGAAAUAAGAAAGAGGGACAUCUAUAGGGAGAGAUUGUAGCAGGCAAUUGAAUUUUGAAAUACAACUCAUUUUAAUAACAUUAACCUUCCCGAUCAUAGAUAAAUGUAAAGAAGACCACCUGUCUACAUCACUCGAAAACCUUUUUAUUAACAGGUCAACAUUAACACUAACUAAAUCGGACAAAUUUUUUGGAAAUAAAAUACCCAAAUACUUAAUGCCCUGUUUGGGCCACUGGAAGGCACCAGGCUGAAAGGCCGUUACAGGACAGUACGCUGUCAGAGCCAAAGCUUCGGAUUUAGACCAGUUGACUUUGUAUCCUGUGAAUUUGGAAAAGGAAUGAAUAAUUCUGUGGAGGCAAGGCAUAGAUCUGGUAGGGUCAGAGACGAAAAAUAAAAUAUCAUCUGCAUAAAGCAAAAGCUUAUGCGCCACACCUCCCGCCACCACCCCUGGAAAAUCAUUCUCCUUUCUUAUCACAGCUGCUAAUGGUUCCAGGGCAAGACAGAACAAUAAUGGGGAAAGAGGGCAACCCUGCCGGGUGCCCCUAUCUAGAGUAAAUUCAUCUGAAAUUAGUCCAUUUGUUUGUACUGCCGCUACCGGGUGUCUAUAAAGCAGCUUAAUCCAACCAAUGAAAGUAUUCCCGAACCCAUACACUUCCAAAAUCUUAAAAAGAUAAUCCCAUUCUACCAUAUCAAACGCCUUUUCGGCGUCAAGUGAGAUGGCAGCAACCGGAGACUGAUCAUUUGCUACUGACCACAUGAUAUCAAUGAGACGUCUAAUGUUAUCAGAAGAGCUACGGCCCUGAAUAAACCCCACCUGAUCUAUAUGUAUAAGAGAUGUCAUAACUUUACUUAAUCGGUUAGCCAGAAUUUUCGACAAGAUCUUUACAUCUAACCGGAUCAGGGAAAUUGGACGAUAACUUUUACACUCACUUGGAUCUUUGUCUUUUUUAAGAAUCAGACUGAUCCGGGCUUGUGUCAUGGUUGGAGGAAGCUUUCCAUUCUUUAAUGCUUCUGUAUAAACUUCUAACAGAAGUGGAGCCAGUUCUGUAGCAUAAGAUUUGAAAAACUCAGCGGCAAAGCCAUCUGGCCCUGGAGACUUGCCUGUAGGCAGGGCCUUAAUUACCUCGCCAAGCUCCUCCAGGGUUAUCUCAGAAUCAAGAGAAUUUUUUUGCUCCGUCGUCAAUUUCGGGAGUUCCAAUGGUUCCACAAAGUUUCUAAUAUCUUCAACAGUAGAUGAAGACAUUGAACUAUAGAGAUCAAAGUAAAAUUCUUUAAAAGCAUUAUUAAUAUCAAUGGCCAAGGUAAAAAUUUCACCACUAACAGACUUCAAUGCGGGAAUGGUAGAAAGGGCCUCCCUCUGUUUUAUAUAUCUAGCCAAAAGUUUUCCUGCUUUGUCCCCCGACUCAAAGUAUGACUGUCUUGCCCUGAAUAACCAAAACUCCACUUUCCUCGACAAAAUAGUAUUAUACCUAUAUUUCAAUCUGGUCAACUCUCUGAGACCAUCAGACGACAUUCGGCGCUUCAGCUCUGCCUCUGCACUUUUAAUAUGUCCUUCCAACUCCACGAGUUCUCGUGCUUUGGAUUUUUUAAUGAAUGAGGCAUACUGUAUGAUCCGACCCCUAAGAACCGCCUUAAGUGCCUACCACGCCACGCCCACAGAGGAUACUGAGGACCAGUUGGUCUCCAUAUAAACAUCAAGUUCAGUCUUCAACAUUUGUCGGAAAUCAGGAUUUUGUAAAAGAGAUACAUUAAAGCGCCAACUAAAUGAUUUCUUCUUCUCUGUUUGUGGCCACAUCUCUAAACUCACCAGGGCGUGAUCUGAGACUAGAAUGUUUCCGAUUGAACAAUCAGCAACAGAUGAAAUGAGUGAUUUGGAUAUCAAAAAAAAAAUCUAUUCUAGAAUUAAUCUUAUGGACUGAAGAAAAAAAUGUAUAGUCCCUACCAGAUGGGUUCAAAAGUCUCCAAAUAUCUGCAAGACCAAGAUUUUUACAUAUCCUGUGAAGCGUCACUGUUGCUCUAGGGGGCUUACACACUUUUGCAACACUAUGGUCAAGGACUGAGUCCAUCAAUAGAUUAAAGUCUCCUCCCAGUAUUAUAUCAUGUGCGGUGCCAGCAGAUUGCAACCUCCCUUCAAGAUCUAUAAAAAAGCCCUGAUGAUCAGCAUUGGGUGCAUAAAUAUUAGCCAAAAUAAGACUUUGCCCUGAAUUUCUGCUAAAACAAUAAUUACUCUCCCUAAUUUAUCGUUAAACUGUUUGAGACAUUUGAAUUGUAGAUGCUUAUUUACCAAUAUAAUGACUCUUCUGCUCUUACUUGAGCCAGCACUAAAGAAAACAUGACCACCCCAUAUCUUCCCAAAUUUUUCAGCUUCCUGCGGGGAAAGAUGCGUUUCUUGAAGAAACACAAUAUCAUAUUUCUUACGCUUAAGAAAAGUAAUGACCUUCCUUCUUUUUAUGGGGUGUCCUAACCCAUUCACAUUCCACGUGGAGAGAGAUAGUACACUCAUAUUAACAUCUAACAUUUUGAUAUAACAGAAAAAAUUAAUUGUGUGCCAGAAACAAAAUUAUGAAGACCACAAUUCAACCUUGAUGCAACAAUAAAACCCCAAGCUUCCCCCCAAACAAAACAAUCAGAAAAAAGAAAAACAUGCGCAUCAACCUCGCGCAUGACAGCGCCAACCGGCAUCAAUCCCCCUAAACGCAAAGAGUCCAUGUACGCCUACGAGAGCCCCCGCGACAACUCUGCCAUCGGAUUGCACGAUUCUGCCUCACAAAUUUGUGAGGCAAAAUUACAUACCAUAUUUUCUAAAAUAAAAUAAACCCCAACCAAUAAGCAGAGUAAACACAAAUAAUGUAUAGACUAAUUCACAGAACCACCUCAAAGGUGUACCUUCACAAAACAAAACAAAUUCCAGCCGAUAUAGAGCCGUUCAGUUUCCUUGGACAGUCAAACGAAAAAUCAGCGAGCCGGCUGUUAUGAAAGAGUGACGUAAUUAUUCCAAAGUCCAGUGGAAGUACUCCACAAAUCGGACUUCAGCCAACAGGAGGCACAAGCGCAAGGAGCGAGCAGAGAUUGGGUUGAUUGCCUGAUUGGGUCCCAAUUGCCUGAUUGGGACACGUAAAUACUUUGCUGCCGUCUUUGGUCUGUUUACUUAAACCCCUCGUGGUGCUGCGCACAUGGAGUGGCAUUAAGGCAUGAAAGUGUUAAAGUAACGUAACAUAACGUAAAGCCGAGCCGAGAAUGCACUAACAGAGAAGACGACGGAAUGUAUAAUGGUGCCAGGUUGUGAUGUUACCAUGCUCCGUCUGUUUUCCUGUCACUUAGUUUAAACCCUGUCGUAGUUGAGUGUUUGUAUCCUGUCGUAGUCAAGAAAGUUUAAGUCCUGUCAUAGAUAAGAAUGCUUGUGCUACACUAUAGAUAAACGAGAUGUUCAUGCUUUAGUUAAAUGUGUUACUGCCAUUGUUAGAGGAUUGUAUCAUGUCUUGUUUAUAGUUAAAGGAAAACUGUUUGAGUUAAGUUUCACACUCUUUGCUUGAGUUAGAGUUUUAUGUAUAAAUCUGGUUUCCUGCCUCCUCGUGUGUUUAUUUAAGUGGCACAAUAAAGACUGCUCUCCUACGCUUACUUCCUGUAUCCAAAUCCUGUUACGUAACAUUACCAAAUACAGCUAUAUUUACAAAGCAGCAAACAUGCCACUUGAUAAACUUGCAUAUGUCUUUUCCAAGGAACAGGACAGUUGUUAGAGGAAAACACUAAAAUUUAUGAACCUGGAGUUAUAAAGAAUAUUGUUUUCUAUUUGUUCCUUCAAACACAGUUCAAAAGAUGAUCUACUACAGCUAUCAAUUUAAAACUUUUACUAACAAUUACUCAUUUACAGAAUCAAAUGUAUUACAUGCUAUAAAGGUUUUUUUUUUUUUAACUAACCAUUCAAUCUCAAAUAAAAAAAUGGGUGUAUUAUAGGUGUUUCUUACAUAUAAAAUAUUUUACAAUGAGAGAUGCUGCAUGCUAACCUUCAAUUCACUGAGGGGGGGAUGGGGGGAGUAAACUGCAAUAUAAAAUUUGGAACUAUCCGGAUCCCAAUCUUGAAGGGUCUCAACAUGCCCUUUUCUCUCUUUAUGCUCGAUUGAGGACUGCGUUCUUGCAGGAAAUUUUUGGCUUCUUCAACCUACUCUGGCCCUGCUAGCUCACAAACUUAAACUAUAAAUGUAAUUAAGCAAUCUGACUUAUAUUUUUAGAGAAAUAAUAGCAGAACUCACGGAGACUGGAUUCAGAAGAAGCAGGUUUAUUUAACAGUCAGUAAGACUAUAAACCUGGCUGGGCCCAGGGGUACACGCUUCACACAAAAGUGUAACAUGCACCAAAAUACAAUUGUUUACAAAAGUUCCUUAUAUACAGUUCUGGCAUACGUGUACCACUGGGUGUGUCUAUCACAAUUUUGCACACCUUUUUCAGUUUAUGUCUUUCUAACAGGCCUCGAGGUUUUUUUUUUGGUUAGUGCAGCUGUCCUGUAUCUGCCUUCUCCUUUUGCUGAGUCAUGAGUGCAUCUGGUCCUUAUCUAUUCCUCUGCCAUGGCCUCUCUCUUUUUUUACCUCUACUGUGUUCUGGAUGGGUGCUUUUAUAUAUUUCAUUUGUUUAAUGUCUUUUAAUGUUAUCCUUGCAUCUAAAUGUACAAUCCAAAACCAUCUACCCUGGUUCUUAUAGGCAGAACCCUGGACCUCCUAUUAAAAGGAAAAAGAUAAAUGCUUUUCCCCAAAAACAUACUUCACUGUGCCUUUCAUAAAGAAAAGAUAUAUAUCAUAUGCUACACAGAUUCCCAGUAACCGCUGGACAGUGAACAAUAAAACUAUGUUUCCACCAAGAUCUUAUGUAAAACCCAUUGUUGUUAAAAAGUAAUACUUUCAUGUAUUUUCAUUAAUUACAUGAACCCUGUUCUCAAAACUCAUUUCUCUGUGAGUGUGUGGGCGUGUCUAUUUUGCAUAUGCAUGGACUUUCUUAUUUAUCCCUGCAGGCUCACUUCGCUCGGGUCCUCACGACACAAAAUUUUUUUCAUCUAUUAUAAUAUGUAAAAUGGAGGGUUUUUUCUUUUAAUGUCUAAUAUAAUUUUCCAACAUUCUCAUUGGCUUCAUCCACCUCCUCUUCCUCAGGCUCAGGUUUGUGUAUGAAUCCAUACCUGCGAUAGAUGGAUCCGUCUCGACUUGUAUACACAACGUCUGCAUCAUCUCCGCUAUCCUCAAGCUCGGGUACUUCCUGAGGCAUGUGGCGUGGAUCAGGCCUGGCACCCGCCGUCCCGCUCAGCCUCUCAUAACCUUUUCCUGGCACGGGCCUGUGUUAAUGCAAAGAUGCCCAGUGCAAGGACUACAGCCAAGAUCAGAGCAGCAGGCAGGGUGGCAGAUGUGCCCCACACAAAUAAUUCAAUAUUAUGUUAAAAUUAAACUAUGAUAGGGAAAUGCAUGUGAACAUUCAAAGGUUUGCUGAAUCUUUCUCUGUAAUACUCUCAUAGCCACUUUAUUAGGUUCUAGGUUGAUCCUUCCUAAAGUAAAGGGAAUUGUUUAUAUGAAAAUGAUUUAUUAGCUUUUUUACCUAAAAGAAAAACAACAAAAAUACAAAUGCACUUCCCUAACUCCCUAAUCCAAAAAUAGACAAAAAAAGAUUCCACUCCCAAAAGAAAUGGCAGCCACACCCCUACUGCCGGUAAAGCAAGUGAAAAAUAUAUACAGUGGUGAAUAUAUCACAAACAAGUACAGGGAGAACCAAACUCAGUCAGAACAAAGAAUACUAUACCCACAUGGGCAAGCAAACACGAUCUCCUAACACACAAUCACAGGUAACUACUUCUAACCACUGACCACUUUCCUCUUCCUCCACCUCCUCCAUCUCCUCCUCUCUCCUCUCUUCCUCUUUAAAUAUUAGUGAUGUCAUCCUGGGAGGUUGGGAGUAUAGCAGACUAGAGCAGGCUGGAAACUCUGGGAGGGAGUUCGGAAACAAUGUUUUGUGGGACAGUACACACAAAUCAAGACUUCAAUCCCGAAAGAUAGUUGAUUGUAACAAUAUUUACAUAUGGAUGUCUGGCCAUCAUUCAUGUCCGUCCAGUUUCUCCAGUGGACUGACAUAGACCUUCUAGAUCCGAAUUAUGGAUUGUGCAACUACCUGAGGCAGUUCAUGUUUCAGUCCCAAAUGUACUUUCUAAGCCUGCCGAACCACAAGCCACAUGUCUGGUCCCAGCAAUGUUUCAAAAGCAGCUGGUGCACCGAUAAACUGCUCCACAAGAGAGCAAGAGCUGAGCUUCGGCCCCAUAGAUAGAUAGAUAGAUAGACACACACAUGCAUAUAUAUAUAUAUCUCGGCUGAUACCGAUAACUGACACCGAUAGUUCUGCCUUUUAUACCUUCUUAUAAAUUAAUAAUAAUUAAUUCAUUAAUUCCACAAUUCUGAAAGAAAUGCACAUAAAAACUUUAUUCUCUUCAUUUCAACAAGUUGUUUCACAGUAAAUGGUGUCAUAAACAAAACAAAUUGCUCAAAAUAACAUUUACACAUUAUCAAAAUUUUGAAGAUUAAAUUAAGAUUUCUUAACUUAUUGAAUGUUAUUAAUUCAUAUUAACAUUGACUGAAUUAUAUAUAUAUAUAAAAAACCUUGUUAGGCUCACAUUUACUCACCACAAACAAAAGCUUCAUCAUUGAGCAUCAAACUGGUCAUAUAUAAUACAAACUUUUUUUUAUAUAUUAACAUUAACUAUGAACUACACUACAAAUAUAU